AUGUGGAAAUGCAGAGGGUUGGCAAGACCUUCCUUCAAAAAGAGUCAUGAAGCAAAUAUAAUAAAGAAGCAUAGGCCGAGUAUUGUGGCCCUCUUGGAAACCAAAACUAUUGCAGAGCAUGCUACUGAGAUUGUUAAAAGGCUUGUUUUUUUUAAGUCCAUAAUUGUGGAGCCAGUGGGAUUUUCUGGUGGAGUGUGCAUUUUAUGGAAUGAGAUUGAUAUUCAAGCUACCUCUCAAUCAAGAUGGUCAGUUCAUGCAGUUGUCACGGCAAAUUUUCAGGAAUAUGCUAGCACCAAUAAGAGUUGUAGGAAAAGGGUGUGGGAUGAGAUGAACGGUGUAGCUGAGAUCCCAAAUUCUGAAUGGUUGGUAAUGGGUGAUUUGAGCACAAUUGGUAGUCAGCAAGAAAAGAGUCCUACUGUGAGUCAGUUAGAUGAGCUUAGAAAUGUGAUCAAUGAUUGUGGGCUAGUGGAUUUAGGGGCUCAUGGGCCUAAGUGGACCUGGAAUAAUAAAAGAAUGGGCAUGGCAAACAUCAAAGAGAGGCUGGACAGAGCCCUUGCUAACCCUCAAUGGUGUAGUAGAUUUCCCAAGGCUCAGGCUGGAAGAAAUUAUUUGGAAACAAAAAUUAAGGGAAGAUCUAUAUUUGAUUCUGCAUUCAUAAGCAAUGAGAUAAUUCACCCUUUUAAGCACCAAAAAGGGAAGAAGGGGUGGAUGGCUUUGAAGUUGGACUCUGACAAAGCUUAUGAUAGAGUUAGCUGGCGGUUCAUUGUUAAGAUUUUGCAAUGUGCUGGUUUUGAGGCUAAAUUUGUUAACUAG